AGAUUUCAAAAUGCUGUGCUUUUCUUAUCAUGUGUAAUAAAAUUAGUGUGUGAUUCUGGAUUUUCUAUUAAGCUGUAAAGUUGAAGGCAGAGACUAUGCCUCAAUUCACCUUCUUUUCUCCAACAUAGUCCCUGGCACAGAUGGUAUGCUUAACACCUAUAUGUUGAAUAAAUAAAAUCUACUUUUCUCAGAUGUGUCAUUUUUUAUGAGGCCUAUCGAAAUGUUUAGAAAAUGGUAUACGAAAAGUUAAUUAUUUGCUAAGUGAUUAUGUCCUGGGUGUUUGGGUUGGUGGUUUGGGGUGGGGAGGAUGAAUUCACAGAUUCCUCACUUCUUAGACAUGAGUUUCUAGGGGUGACUGACAAAUAGUCCCACUGACCUGCAGGGAUUUUUUUCCCCUCAAAAUAUUGUCUGCCUCUGGAUUUAGUUAACCCUGGUAGAAAGGCAGCUGAUCUGUUGAGUCAAAAGUGGAGAAUAAGGAAGAUCAUCAAAAAAUAACUUCACCAAUAAUUCUAGAUUCUUCUCCCUUUCAUACUGAAGGAGCCAUGAGGAAAGAAAACCAGUCCUCUGUCCUGAAUUUCAUUCUUCUGGGAAUUACCAGCCAACAGGAGCAGGAAGAUGCCUUCUUCAUCCUCUUCCUGUUUAUUUACCCUAUCACAUUGAUUGGAAACCUGCUCAUUAUCUUAGCCAUUCGCUCUGAUGUUCGCCUUCACAACCCCAUGUACUUUUUCCUUGCCAACCUCUCCUUUGUUGACAUCCUUUUCUCGUCUGUAACCAUCCCUAAGAUGCUGGCAAACCACCUUGUGGGUAGCAAAGCCAUCUCCUUUGGAGGAUGCAUAACACAGAUGUACUUCAUGAUCGCUUUGGGUAACACAGAUAGCUAUAUCCUGGCUGCGAUGGCGUAUGACCGUGCUGUGGCCAUCAGCCGCCCUCUCCAUUACACAACAAUUAUGAGCCCAAAGUUUUGCAUCUUGCUUGUUGUUGGGUCUUGGGUUGUUGCAAAUGCCAAUACCCUCCCUCACGUUCUGCUCACAGCUAGUCUGUCCUUCUGUGGGAACCGGGAAGUGGCCAACUUCUACUGUGACAUUUCCUCUUUGCUCAAGUUGUCCUGUUCUGAUAUCCACUUUAAUGUGGAAAUGAUGUAUCUAGGGGUUGGUGUUUUCUGUGUGCCAUUAAUAUGUAUCAUUAUCUCCUAUAUCCGGGUCUUUGCCACUGUUCUACGGGUUCCAUCCACCAAGGGUGUACUCAAAGCCUUUUCUACCUGUGGCUCCCACCUCACAGUUGUUUCUUUGUAUUAUGGGACAGUCAUGGGUAUGUAUUUCCGUCCUCUGACCAGUCACAGCCUAAAGGAUGCAGUGAUAACUGUGAUGUACACAGCAGUGACCCCAAUGUUAAAUCCUUUCAUCUAUAGUCUGAGAAACCGAGACAUGAAGGCUGCCUUGGGGAAACUCUUCAGCAAGAGGAUUUCCUCAUAACCAAUGUGAGGUCACACUUUGGGGAUGGCAGUCACCAUUAAGCAUGCACUUAAGAGUCCAGCUCCAAUGCCAGCCCCUUCCAAGAGCCAUCAUUGAUUUUCUCAGUUAGAAAAUUCUUCUUCUCAGAAAUCUUGUAAUAGCUUGAUAAGACAUCUGAUUGAGGUUUUCACUUUGUACACAGUCUUGCUCCUAUAGGCAAGAUGACAGCAGAAGAAUAUUGGGUUUAUUUCCCAGUUAUGCUACUGACUAGCAGAGUAACAUUGAGAAAGUAUGAUCAUUGGCUUCCGCAUUUACAUAUUGGGAAUAAUAAUCUAUGUCCUGCCUCUGUCAUUGAUAAGCCAAAAAUGAGAAAACAUCUUCACAAUACAUAGAAAAGACAAUCUCUUGGCUAUAUGUGUAUAUAAACAAACUAUAAAUCAACAUACGUACUUAUUUCAAAACUCACUGCAAAGCUGCAGCAAUCGAAACAUGUACUGGCAUGAGGAUAGACAUAUAGAGCAGUGGAAUGGAAUUGAGAGUCCAGAAAUAAAUCUAUACAUCUAUGGUCAAUGGAUUUUUUUUUAAUUUUAAUUUUUUUGUGAAAAUACGCACAACAAAACUGCCCCUUGUUCCACAGUUUCUAGACAUAAGGAUCAGUGACAUUGGUUACAUUCUUCACGUUGUAUCAAUAUUCCUGUUUUAGUUGUUUCACUCACAUUUACUUACUCUCUCUUCCUCCCCAACCUUUUAAAUCUAUGCUUUAAAAUAGCUGUUGACCCUUUGGUAGUAUAUAUAUUUUUUUAAAACACAGUAUUUAUUCAAAGGGGAAAAUCUUUAGUCUUUGGGCUAAACUGUCACUUAGCUUAAAGAUGAC